CCUCUUUUCCGAACUACCUCAGCUGGCAGUGCCAGUGAAGUGUACAGCUAAACUAGCCGAGCCGUUGCGCAUGUGCAAUUGUGCAUACCAGAAAGUGCUGGGAGUGGGAGAGCGGCGACAAGUGCUACCACCAAAUGGAGGAAUAUAACAAUGGUGACGAGGUGGUCUUCAAUGCUGAUGAAGCUACCAACAACAUCAAAGAGUGCAUCGAGGGCGUCAUUGGCGGCAUGGACUACAGUCAAAGCAAAGUUAACCAGUGGAACGCUGCUAUCGUGGAGCACUCUCUGACCCACCUGGUCAAACAAGGACGCCCGUUUAAGUACAUAGUAAACUGCACCAUCAUGCAGAAGAGCGGCGCCGGGCUGCACACAGCAAAUUCGUGCUACUGGGACAACAGUACAGAUGGAAGCUGCACAGUCCGAUGGGAGAACCGUACCAUGUACUGCGUGGUCAGCGUGUUUGCCAUCGCCAUAUAACGUCGAACCACGUAGUGUCGUGACAUCUUCCUUGUUGCAUUCCCAAAUAGGCUUGUUCUGACUGUACGUAAAAUAUAGACAGUAUUUUUUUUCUUACUACUUGUAUGUUGUUUGGACCAAAUACCGUACGUUCAAGGAUACGUUUUCAAUGUAACAGUUUUUGUGUCCCAGUAGAUAUUUAAAACAUGUUGGAAAGUGUCUCGUCUUUUGAGAAGUUUUUGUGAUUGUAAAGGGAAAAGACAUUCAAACUGUUAAUUGGCUGCCAUUGAUGGUGAUAAAUGUCCAAUUCAUUUGAACUGAUAGGGUUGGCAGCAAAUGUUAGAAGCCAGUGUUUAUUUGCAGCUUUAUCACCUGAAGGUGUUGUAACGCCAGGAGUGCUAACAUUAUCUAAAUACAUGAUUGUUUCAUUAAAUAGUAUUUCAGUAUUUAUUUUAGUGAAUUUAAUAUUUGUUUAAAUUUUCAUUUAAAACUAUUUCAAGAUUUACAGCGAGGAGCAGAAGUAUUUGCACCCCUUGUGAUUUUGCAAGUUCACCCACUAAGCAAAUAGGUAGAGGUCUGAAAUUUUAAUCUUA